UCCAGUUUUUAUCCUUUCCAACGAGUAUGCAAACUACAUUGUCACAGAAGAAGAAGAAGGGUUUUAUAUGCAAGGACAGGGAGCUCUGCUGUCGCGCGGAAGUUUACCAACGUGAAUACUUAAUAAGAAAUUUCAUUUAGCAUUGAGCUAACCCGAUAUCAACAAUGUCUCUGUUGUGUCCUGGCAGGAUUUUAGACGGGGCAUAUUUAGUUCUCGAUGAAGGUGAUCCAGCACACUCCAGAGACACUCCACACAGCUUUGGUCUCUAAUUCUGGGGACUUGGUUAAAAAGUACAAAAAGUAUACGAAAGGAGAAAGACGCCUUCUGGAGGAAGCAUUCAAACCGGGGCAGCCGGAUUCCCUUUUCCAGCCCAUCACUGUGCACUCUGACUCAGACUGGAUCCCAGCUCACCCGGAGAAUCCUCAAGACUUUGAGUCAUUUUAUAGAGACCCUUACCGCAAAACUCCCAAUGAAAACCGCAACACUAUUUAUAUUCAAACCAUAGGUUCCUUUGGAGAAGGAGGGCCACAGACGGACCAGUAUGUGGAGUGGCUCAAGGACUACUCCCAGGCCUUCUUCUAUGGGCUUUCAGUCAAAUUGCUGCCAUCAGUAACUGUGUCCGAAACAGGAUGUUCUUUCAGGGUUAACAGUAACUCACACAACCUUCAGAUCCUCACCGGUGACCUGCUUCGAUUUCUGGAGAAAAGAAAACCAAAAGAUGCUUUUUGCAUUGUUGGAAUCACAAUGAUUGACCUCUACCCCAGAGAGUCCUGGAACUUUGUCUUCGGACAGGCUUCUCUCAGCAUGGGAAUGGGUGUUUUCAGCUUUGCCCGAUAUGAUGACAACUUCUACUCCAGAAGUUAUGCUGGUAGACUUAAGAAAGGACUUAAGCCAAGGCGAGGGGACUAUUCUGUGUUUGAGGGAUACUACACUCCACCCAUCAGCAGCACUCUGCUGCUUCGAUCCUGCAAGACUAUGACCCAUGAGAUUGGCCAUAUGUUUGGAAUACGGCAUUGCCAGUGGCUGAACUGUGUCAUGCAGGGCUCCAACCACCUCGAGGAGUCAGAUCGUAGGCCACUGGAUUUCUGUCCCAUCUGCCUUCGCAAACUACACACAUCCAUUGGCUUCAAAAUAGCUGAAAGAUACAAGGCCUUACUGCGAUGGAUGGAAGAGGAUCAGAGUCAGACAUCAGGAGCAGAGAGCGCCUCGGCCAGUCACACUGCACCCUGCUUUCCCAAACCCACAGAGGCCUUUCAUCCAUCCACACAGUGGCUCCGCAGGUGUCUGGGCAUACUGGAGGAAGACCAGCUUUAGUAACUGUAACUAAAUAAAAAUGAGUUUAGAUUUGUUUUCUAAA